AAGCUGAUGCCGGCUGCCAAGUCCAGGCUUCAGCAUCCCAGCCGGGCUUUGCAGCUGGCACAACUGUCCGCCGUUCCCAAACCCACCUCCCGGGACACAGAGAUGGAAACUGCUGUCAAGGUUGGGGGUCGCAGACAGCCCUCCCGGAGGCUCUCUACAGCAAUUCCUACUGUGGCUUCUCGCUCCCGACUGCGGCCGCUGGGAAAAGUGGCUUCCCCCAGGCGCUUUUGCCUCGGAUUGACUAUGCAGGAGCUGAUGUGCAAUACGACCCGAGAGCUGAAGGAAAACAGUAAGAGCGAAGAAUGGCUGGUUGCAGCAGGGACUGUCUUGGGAGCAGGUAAGGCCAACCAGACAUGGGUGUGUGGGGGGUCCUCUUUUUCCAGCGAGUUGGCCCCUGGCCGGACUCCAGGGCGUGGGGAUGCAGUCCCUGCUGAGCGGUCUGCAGGUGAUCAGCUGUCCCAGGAGCUGAAGUGUGUAAAGAACGAGCUGGAGCGAGUGAAGGGCGAGCUUGCUGACAAGACUGCCCAGUGUGAAGCCUAUCGCCAGACGAUCUCCUCCUUGCAGGCUCAGCUCAGAGCAGCAGGAAUUUCUCUGGAAGAUGCAGCAGUGGAGGAGAGUAGUGACUCGGGGAGAGACUGACAGCUGGCAUGUGGGGACAGACUCGCAACU